CUAAUCCAUAACAGCAGGAUACUCCUCAAGCAGGUGGGAGACUUUAGCAUCAUCCAUAUGGUCUUGGUUUUUCAGACAUGAAUAAUGCAAGAGUUAUGGGAUCACAGCAGUUUCUACCCAGAUUUCAAAGGAAGGCCUGGGAGGCUGGGCAAUGUGCCCCUCAUAGGGCAGUGAGUGAAGCUAUAAGAGUGAAGUGGAGACCCUAGAAGUUGGAGGUACUAAGAACAUGGAUCUUCUGCUGAGGAAAGAUGCCGGCAGUGAGCAGACACCCCAAGAGAGAGGCCAUGCCCUCAUAGUGAAGAGCUUGCUUGGAGUCUCAGAGGAAACUUUGUGCUUGGACUUUUCAGCAAUGCCAGAAUGGACCCUGCUCGCGUCAGUGCUGUCCACUCUGCUGUCCCCUGCACCGCCCCUGGCCCCUCCAAGAAGCUGUGUGUUCAGUAAAGAGUGGCAAGCUCCAGGAGUCAGCGUCUCAGCCUGGGCAGUAUGUCAGCCAACCACAGGAGCAGCAAGAGACAAGAGUGCAGUCUCAUUGGAGUACGCGGCGGCCUCUGGAGUAGGAAAGGAAGCCCCAGCCUGGGUAAUGUUUUGGCAUCAGCUCUGGGUCAAGGUGCAAUACGCAAGGGCAGCCCGUGUGUCUUGGUCACUGUCCCAUUUCUGGGACACAGAUCCAGACACCCACAGUUCUAGACACCCAGCACCCACAGUGCCCCACCCUCGCGAAGGAGAAGAGGUUUUCUCUGGCUCGUGGGUACAGUCCAUGGCAGGCUGGCGUCAAGGCGGAAACGGCAUGGUGGAGGGCCCUGGACGAGGACAGCCGCUCACAUCAUGGCAGCCAGAGAGCAAAGGGCGGAGCCUCGCGAGAGAGACGUCCAGGUUCCUCGGAGUCUGACAGACACUCAACAUCAUCAUUUUGGAUAUUAAUUAUCCCUGUAAUGUGGCAGUGGAAAAUACAUUUUAAAAGAAUUCUGUUUUGUGCAACUCGGUAAACUGAUGCCUUAAUUUCCCUGCUCUGUGCUGCUUUGGAAACAUCACAAUGGAGUCAGUAAACUGGAGCAGUUUUAAUUGUUUCUUCCCUUUUCCUGGAAGCACAGCCAGGAGCGAAUGGCCUCAUGUAGCUUAACCCCACCCCCGAAUAUAAACACACCUAAGGAUUGACGAGUGAACGUCAGUUCUUCAAGCAAAGCUUGGUAGUGUGGUGCGUGUUGGAGUGACUGUCCAGAAACAGUGUCCUCGGGGCCCUCGGUGUCCUCUCUCCUUGUCACCCUGCUUCCACCCCAGCACGCACUGUCACAAGCCCAGCUCUCAGGAGUAGGCUUGCUUGGCUAGGGAUGCUCCUAUGAGUUCAGCUGGCUGUGUGGAUGUUACAAAAUACUGCUGCCAUCAAACAGGCCCAUCUCUGACAGGGCCCUGACACGUCAGAUCCCACUCUCUGAAAACGCAGAAUUGUUGGUACUUUCAUACUCCACUGUUUGGAGAUCCAUGGCAUUUGGGUCUAUGUCUUAAACAUCAGCGCUAGGAACAUACUGUGGACACUAGCGGGGGCACUGUGGCUGCUUAAAAUGUCAAAAGGCAGAGCCUAGUUCCCCUCCCCUCAAAUGUGGGCUGGAUUUAGUGACUUGCAUCUAACAACAAUAGAACAACACAGAAAAAGUGGCAUGUGGUUUUGGAGAUGUGGGGUUCAGAGGAGAUUUGGCCUCCAGCCUGCUCUCUCAGAGCUUACCCUCUGCAGGCCAGCUGCUCCAUCGGGAGAGGGUCCCCAGUGGGGGAUAGUCCUGUGAGCCCUCCAGAUGUGCAGCCCCAGGGGACAGCCUGCCUACAGCCCGUUUCAGCCACGGCCAUUUGCCUGGCUUUAGAAGCCGUGAGGUAAGGAAUAUUGGUGGUUUGGGCGGCUGUGUCUGAGGAAUCCAUUACACAGCAAUGCAUGGAAUAUAUGCCCCUUCCUGAGGUGGUCUGUAACUGUCACCUCGCC